ACUUCGAGGAUGCCAAGCCCUAUAAAUCCAGCAGAGAACCCCAAGAAAAGAAUAGGAGAAGACGUUUAGAAAAAGUACUCGGAAAGAAAGACAAAUUGAUCAUGGACUCUAUUUCAACACUAAAGCUUCCCCUGAUAGAUCUGUCCGAAUUAGAUGGCUCAAAGCCAGGGACAGUUCAAUGGGACUCCUUGCAAAGUCAAGUUCGAGAAGCCCUUGAAGAAUUCGGUUGCUUCGAAGCCUUGACUGAUAGGAUGACCUUGGAGCUUCACAAUGAUGUGUUUCAAGAAAUGGAGGCAUUGCUCGAGCUCCCAACCGAUGUGAAGCGCCGGUUCAGUGACCCAAACAAGCCGUAUGAUGGCUACCGUGGGAAUCUUCCUCAUUCACCUCUCUACGAGGCAUUUGGAAUCAACUACGCCCCCAACUCGGGCUCUAUCGAAGGAUUUGCAAAUCUCAUUUGGCCGGAGGGAAACACAAGAUUUUGCGAGACAAUGAAAACGUAUGUGACGAGGGUUUUGGAGUUGGAUUCACUAGUGAAGAAGCUGGUUUUGGGAAGCUUGGGCGUAGACAAGUACCUGGAAUCUCUAGCCAAGUCGGUUGGAUACAAUCUCCGUCUCAUCAGAUAUGCUGCUCCUGGGACCAAGGAGUCCAAGAAGCUUGGGGCUUGGUGCCAUCGCGACGCAAACUUCGUGACCAUACUUCACCAUAACCAUGUGAAAGGAUUGGAAGUGCAAACUAAGGACGGAUGUUGGUUCGAGGUCGCCUCUUCCUCAGCUACCUCUUUCAUUGUCUUCGCUGGGGAGUCAUUCUACGGAUGGAGCAACGGGAGAUUAUAUAGCCCUUGUCACCGUGUAAUGAUGAGUGGGCACGAGGCAAGAUAUUGCAUAGGAUUCUUCUCUAACGGUCAAGGCACGAUGCAGUGUCCUGAUGAGCUUGUGGACGACCAACACCCUUUGCUUUUCAAGCCCUUUGAUGUUGCCGGUCUCUUCCGUAUCUACAAGACCAAAGAGGGCGAAAGUGGAGCUUCGGCAAUGGAUACUUAUUACAGAAUUUGAAAUCGAGAUGCUUUCGAACCAUCGAAUGUCCUUUAGCCCCCACCAAUCAAUUGCGAGUCAAAUCUUAAGGCAUAUGUUUUACUGUCGUUAAUAAUUAAUUGAGUGCAUGUCCCUCAGUAUUUGGGAAACUUAUCAGGUUUCCCUUUCUUUCCCCUUUGGAGCUUGUUUAGCUUAUAAUAUUUGAGCCACUUGUAGAUCCUCGAAGCUAUCUGUGCUUCAGGCUGUUGAUAAAAGAUUACUUCUGCCAAGCAAGUAUUGUAAAAGAAAAUAACAAAGAAAUGGGUGUUCAUG